UCCGCCGCCGGGCCAGGCAGGGUCCAGGAUGCGCGCCUGCGCAGUGGCGGCGGGCGCUGUCGGAAGCACGGCGCGGACGGCGGGGGAGACCCGGGACCACCGCCUCUUCCCAUAGCGCGUACCCAGCUCACGUCAGCCGCCGGGGCCCGGGCUGCCCGGGCAGAGUAUGGCGGCGGCGGCCGAGCCCGGGCCCCGCGCCUGGCUCGGCGGCGGCUCGCCGCGCACUAGCAGCCCGGCUUCUAGCCCCGAUCUGGACAGCAGAGGCCGCGCGCGGCAGGGGCCGAGGUCCGGGCCGGGGUCGGGGCCGGAGCGAGCGGGCGCCAGGACCCCGGGCCCCGCUGCAUCGGGCCACACCUUCCGGAAGGUGACGCUCACCAAGCCCACCUACUGCCAUCUCUGCUCCGAUUUCAUCUGGGGGCUGGCUGGCUUCCUGUGCGACGUCUGCAACUUCAUGUCCCAUGAGAAGUGCCUGAAGCUUGUGAAGACCCCCUGCACCAGCGUGGCGCCCAGCCUGGUCCGAGUCCCUGUGGCCCAUUGCUUUGGCCCCCGGGGGGUUUACAAGCGCAAGUUCUGCGCCGUGUGCCGCAAGAGCCUGGAGGCCCCUGCGCUCCGCUGUGAAGUGUGUGAGCUGCACCUUCACCCCGACUGCGUGCCCUUCGCCUGCAGCGACUGCCGCCAGUGCCACCAGGAUGGGCACCGGGACCACGACACGCACUACCACCACUGGCGGGAGGGGAACCUGCCCUCAGGCGCGCGCUGCGAGGUCUGCAGGAGGACAUGCGGCUCCUCCGACGUGCUGGCUGGUCUGCGCUGCGAGUGGUGCGGCGUCCAGGUCCACGCAGUCUGCUCCGCGGCGCUCGCCCCCGAGUGCUCGUUCGGGCGCCUGCGCACCAUGGUCCUGCCCCCGGCCUGCGUGCGCCUGCUGUCCCGCAACUUCAGCAAGAUGCACUGCUUCCGCAUCUCCGAGAGUGCGGUCCCGGAGCCCGGCGAGGGGGACCCCGCUGCAGACGGAAGCGCUCAUGCCUGCCCGGGCAGAGAGGUGCCGCCGCAGGAGUCCAGGCCAGACAAGCAGACGCUGAGGAUCUUCGACGGCAGCGACGCUGUGCACCGGGGCCACUUCCGCGUCAUCAGCGUUCCGCGCCAGGCCGGGAGCCAGGAGGUGCUGGAGGCAGCCCUGCGAGCCUACUACAUCACGGAGGACCCCGGCGACUUUGAGCUGCAGGCGCUCCCCACAGCACUGCGGGCUGGCGACCCCGCGGCCAGGGGCCAGGCCCAGAGUGGCGGGGCUUUGGAGGAGGAGGGCAGCAGGGGCCCCGGGCCCCCAGAGAGUGUUCCUGUGGCCGAGGCCCGGAUCAUCCGCGCCCUGCCCCGCACCCAGGACGUCCUGAAGGUCUACCCUGCCUGGCUCAAGGUGGGUGUGGCCUACGUGUCCAUUCGCUUGACUGCAGACAGCACUGCCCGGACUGUGGUGCUGGAGGCCCUCCCGCUGCUCGGGCGUCAGGCCGAGGGUCCUGAGAGCUUCCAGCUGGUGGAGGUCCUCAUGGGCAGCAGGCAAGGUGAGAGGGUGGCCGGCAGCCCAUGCCCUAAGCAGCCUGUUCCUUGCGCCCUGGGGCGUGAGGGCGGCCGUCUGCAGGCUUGGGUGCCGUGCAGUGCUGACAGCCAUGCCCCCCACCCCGUAGUGCAGCGGACGGUACUGGCUGACGAAGAGCUUUUGCUCCACCGGCUCCGUGACAUCCGGCAGACAUCCCUGCGGCAGAUGAGUCAGACCCGCUUCUACCUGGCUGAGAGCAGGCCUGUGGCCCCCCGAGUCUCCCUGUUCGUUGGUGGCCUGCCUCCUGGCCUGUGCCUGCGGGAGUAUAGCAGUCUGCUGGAUGAGGCUGUGGCCACUAAAGCUGGCCUGGUGUCUGUGAGCCAUGUCUAUGCCUCCCAAGGUGCUGCAGUGCUGGAUGUGGCCUGCUUCACGGAGGCCGAACGGCUGUACAUGCUGGUCAAAGACACGGCUGUGCACAGCCAGCCGCUGACUGCCCUGGUGCUCCCGGACGUGCUGCACACGAAGCUACCCCCAGACUGCUGCCCCCUCCUCGUGUUUGUGAACCCCAAGAGUGGAGGCCUCAGGGGCCGUGACUUGCUCUGCAGUUUCCGGAAGCUGCUGAACCCUCACCAGGUUUUUGAGCUGACCAAUGGGGGUCCUCUUCCUGGGCUCCACGUGUUCUCCCAGGUGCCCCACUUCCGGGUGCUGGUGUGUGGUGGGGACGGCACCGUGGGCUGGGUGCUUUCUGCCCUGGAGGAGACGCGGCACCGUCUGGCCUGCCGGGAGCCUCCUGUGGCCAUCCUGCCCCUGGGCACAGGGAACGACCUGGGUCGCGUCCUCCGCUGGGGCGCAGGCUACAGUGGGGAAGACCUGUUCUCGGUGCUGGUGUCAGUGGACGAGGCCGACACCGUCCUUGUGGACCGCUGGACCAUCUUGCUGGAUGCUCAUGAGGCCAACGGCGCAGAGAACAGUGUGGCCGACCUGGAGCCCCCAAAGAUCGUGCAGAUGAGCAACUACUGUGGGAUUGGCAUCGAUGCAGAGCUGAGCCUGGACUUCCAUCAGGCCCGAGAGGAGGAGCCCAGCAAGUUCACGAGCAGGUUCCACAACAAGGGUGUGUACGUGCGGGUCGGGCUGCAGAAGAUGAGCCACUCCCGCAGCCUGCACAGGGAGAUCCAGCUGCAGGUGGAGCAGCGGGAGGUGGAGCUGCCCAGCAUCGAGGGCCUCAUCUUCAUCAACAUCCCCAGCUGGGGCUCGGGGGCCGACCUGUGGGGUCCGGACAGCGACUCCAGGUUUGAGAAACCACGGAUGGACGAUGGGCUGUUGGAGGUGGUGGGGGUGACAGGCGUCAUGCACAUGGGCCAGGUCCAGGGCGGGCUGCGUUCCGGCAUCCGCAUCGCCCAGGGCGCCUACUUCCGGGUCACCCUGCUCAAGGCCACACCUGUGCAGGUUGAUGGUGAGCCUUGGAUACAGGCUCCUGGCCACAUGAUCAUCUCGGCCGUGGGCCCCAAGCUGCUCUCACCUCCUGACCUUGGCACCGUGAGCCUGUCUGUGACCCAGAGGUGGCUACACUGCGUAGCAGGGCCCAAGGAGGCCAGGCAGCCCGGCCACCACCUCGAGGAAAGCAUGUGGUGCCCGGAGGCACCAGGAGGAGCGGGCAGCAGGGACCAGAAGGGACCAGAGCUGAGCAGCGGGGCCCAGGAAGCAACGACAGCAGAAAGCACGUGGGAACCAGCUUUAAUCACUGAGGACACUUGGCACUUUGCGUCUCGUUUGUGAACAGUCAGCGUGGCUGCUCCCAGUGUCUGCUGAGCAGACACGACUUCCGCGGUCUCAGGCUGCUUGCAGCUGCCAGCUCUGCUGGCCCAAGUCUGGACCACCCACACCUCAGACCCCAGGAGGAACCCGACCAAAGCUUCAGCCUGCCCGGGGAACUUCUGGCUGCCCCGGAGGCUCCACCGUUGACCCUGGGCAGGGUCCCUUUGCUGCUGGCACCUCUGGCAGGGCUGGUGGCUUUGCCUCAACCUCAGACGUGGCCCCGCCCAGUCUGUGCCCCCACAGCUUCUGCCAAAGCUGCACCCGUAAUAUACAGAACAGCUUGUGGUAUUGUCUUGUGUGCCUCCAGGGUGUGUGGCCCGCCCUCGCCCCCGUGGUGUCCCCUGUCUAUGCCCUGUGGGCCCUGCUGCUGUUGUGGGACCACCCGUGAGGUGUGCUUGGGGACCCUGCCCUGCAACCCCAUGUUUAUGCCCAGAGGCGCCCCCCGUGUAGCCCACACUACGUGCACUGACUCAAGUCCCCCACAAUACAGUCUGGGUGCCGCCA